CAGGUUUCAGGAAUCCGUUUCAGCGUUUCCAAGCGCUUCAGUCUACAGGCGAACGCGUCACAGAUAGCAUAGCAGGAGCAAGAGUGUGUUACAAUGUUGCCAUCACGCUCUGUAAAGUUUCGUCUUUAUUUCGCAGUGUUUGAGGCGUCCUUCAUCGUCCUGAGCCUAAUUAAUCCACAACCCUGUCGAGCUGGAAUAGGUCUGCGAUGCGACAUGAUUCCCGAGGGAGUGAGCGCUCCAAAGAGCCGGGAAAGUACCGACAAAUAUAAGAUAGAAAUAUCUGGAAACCCGGAAUCGUAUGUACCCGGAGAGCAGUAUUCAGUAUUUCUACGAGUAUCAAAUCCCACCCAAACUGAAAGCCGUUUCUCGCAUUUUAUCCUAUCAGUGAGCAAUGAAAAUCCGGAAAAAAAUAUCGCCGGCGAUGGUUCCAUUGGUACUCUUCAACUUUACGGAGACGCAUCCAUCAAGUUUAGCGAUCGAUGUCAAAAUGCCGUGAUCGAAACCGAUAGCCAACCCAAAAGCGAGAUACAAUUUCUAUGGCUUGCUCCUGUCAAAGGAAGCGGAUGCAUCAAAUUCAAAGCUACUGUGGUUGAGUCUGUAAACACUUGGUAUAGCGAAGACGCAGAUUUGACUAAAAUCGUUUGUGAAGAAGCACCUGAUACUGAUGACACUCAACCGCAUAUCCUCAAGCAAUGCUGCACAUGCGAUGAAGCAAAAUAUGAGGUAACUUUUGAGGGUUUAUGGUCAAGAAACACCCAUCCUAAGGAUUUUCCCACCAAUGGAUGACUAACAAGAUUUAGCGACAUUAUUGGAGCUUCUCAUACUGUCAAUUACAGCUUCUGGUCGUACGGAGAUCUAGCCAGCGAAGGUCUUCAGCAGUUAGCAGAGUAUGGAAACACUCGCAUGCUUGAAAGCGAACUAAAAGCUAAAGUAAAUCCUCUAUUAACUCCUUCAAAUUCUUUUAAACUUUUGUUUGUUUUUUAGAGUGACCAUAUCAGGACUAUUAUCAAGGCUAGAGGAGUGAGUUAUCCGAAUAUCACUGCAAAGACAUUCGCUGUUUUCAGGGUGGAUAACAAGCAUCAUCUUAUGUCUAUAGUAUCCAUGAUUGAUCCUUCGCCAGACUGGAUUGUCGGGGUAUCCGGUUUAGAACUUUGUCUACGAAACUGUACAUGGAUUGAAGCAAAAGUUCUUAAUCUAUAUCCAUGGGAUGUCGGGACCGAUGAUGGAAUCACUUAUUUGUCUACAAACCAACCUGCUCUAACCAAACAACCAAUCAGGAGACUGAAAUGGGACUAUCCAGACGAUCCAAAAUCGCCAUUUUAUGAUCCCUCGGGAGCACCAAUGAAGCCCUUCGCUAAAUUGACACUGUCUCGUCAGAGGUUAUACGAAAAAAGUUGUGAUUCUGCCGGACAGGAUGAAUUAGAAGAUGUGAAUUUAAAUUGCGAAACUUCAGAUUGGUCAGAUUGGUCACCUUGCUCGGCUACCUGUGGAAGAGGCGUUAAAUAUAAACAAAGAAGAUACAUAAACGAGGAGAGUAAAUACAUUUGCCACAAGAAACUCACGGAAAGGGCUACAUGUGAAGCUAUCCCGAAAUAUUGCCCACAAAUUAGGCAGAAAGAACGACAAGAUCCUCUUUGUGAGUUAGGUCCAUGGUCACCAUGGUCAAGUUGCAGUGUCACAUGCGGUAAAGGAACUCAAACCAGAAACAGGAAAUAUAAAAACAGGUAUGCGGCUAAACGUUGUAACGUUGCUCCUGGACGACCACCUAUUCUCCAGCAAAAUCUGGAAUGUUGGGCUGAAACAAACUGUCCAGAUUAUGACGACGAGAUUAUAGACGAAAAUUGUAACGAACGUCCAUGGACUGAUUGGUCUCCGUGCUCUGCAACUUGCGGAAAAGGAAUCAAGGAACGAUACAAACUGCAGUUAGCUCCCAAUAGAAAACAAGGAUAUAUCUGGUCUGUCAAAAGUCUAAGAGAACUGCAGGACGAAGAGAAGGAUAUUGACGAUCCUUGUGCGAGAAAAGUUAGAGAAACCGUUGAAUGUUUUGAAAAACAUUGCGAAAAAGAACAUAAAAUUUUGAAUGCUGCUGUUUGCAGUCUGCCAAAAGAUAUUGGAGCAUGUAAAAGCAACGUAGACCGUUGGUAUUUUGACCCAAUCAAAGGCCAGUGCGAAAUCUUUAGCUACAGCGGCUGUGAGGGCAAUCAAAACAAUUUCAACACCCUAGAAAUUUGUCAAACAUUGUGUAUAUCAUAUCACAGAGAAUUUAUAGCUAAUUUAACUGCUAAAAGAAAUCAAUUGAAUGGAUCUAUAUCAAGGGUUGUUUCGCAUAAUAUUCAAAAUGAUGCUACUACGGUACCUGUAAAUGAGCUAUCAACAAAUUUGGGGAAAUUAGAUUGUCGUCUGUCUAAAUGGACAGAAUGGUCUAAAUGUGUAGCACUAGAUGGAGAUUGCGGUCAUGGACACAAGAUGAAAUAUAGACACGUGGAGAUCUACCCAUUGAAUGGAGGCAAACAAUGCUCAAAGAAAAUGAUUAAAAAGAAGAAAUGCAGUAUACUAUGCAAAAAAUAAACUAAAAAAUAUACUUACCUAAAUGUCAUAUCAUCAUUAUUAUUAUUAACCGAUGUUAAUAUGCGUUAGCAUUAAGAAUAUGUUACUACGAAAAAUAAUUUGAAAUUUGAUUUUAAAUAAUCAAUUAUCAGUCUGUGUUAACUGGACUUAGUCUAACGCAUACAUACCAAAAAAAACUGAUGUUAUUAUAUAAAAAUAUCAAACUAAAUGGACAAUAAAAUGGUAUAAGAGAAUUAAACGUAUAAUUUAAGUUCCAGCUUCUCAAAAAUA